GAUUCUUAGCUUAUACAAAAGAUACAUAUCCGAGGAUCCUAUAUUAUAUCAGUCAAGUAAGGAAGUCUGAAACCCUUAUUACCCAAAUUAACUUCAAUUUGUUUGUCUUAGUAUCUUUGUGAGCCCAAAGCAAAGAUACAAUAUGAACCCUUUCCACUCCAUUGAUGAACUGUACUUUUCAUCUGCUAAUUAUUCCCUACCAAUCCAAACAACCACACCACUAACACUAGAUCAGAUCUCGCCUGAUCCUGUGAUGGAUAUCAGUGAUCUUCCUUGUGCAAAAGAUCACAAGAGUUCCAAUAUUCAUGAAAUAAAGAAGUGGAUGCAUAGAGAGUCAGAAAAGCAAAGAAGGCAAGAAAUAUCAAAGCUUUGCGCCACCUUUAGAUCCCAUCUUCCCUUAGCAUAUAUCAAGGGAAAGCGUGCUACAUCUGAUCACAUACAUGAGGGCACGAAUUAUAUCAAACACCUUCAGAAUAAUGUGAAAAAGUUGCAAGACAAGAGGGAUGAGUUAAUGAAGUUGUCAAAUUUUAAUCAUGUUGGCUCAGAGAGUGCAAACUUUGCCACCUAUGUCAUUGUUCAUCCUUGUUUGGGAGGCAUUCAGAUUAAGUGCAGUUACAGCUUCAAGAAACAUGCGUUUCCAUUGUCAAGAGUGCUGGACAUUGUCCUCAAAGAAGGGCUUAAUGUGAUCAAUUGUAUUUCCACCAGAACAGAUGAUCACAGGUUCAUUCACACUAUCCAAUCAGAGGGUCCACACUUUUUGAUGAAUGAGACUAACUACACUGAACUGCAAAGCAAGCUAAUCGCUGCGAUAUCAUCUUCAACUAUUGUAGGUCAAGAGGAGUUUGAUGGAAGAGGAGUAUCCUACAUCAGAUGAUGAAGAUUGAAGACAAGGCAUGUCCUCCAUAUAAUUGCAUUAGCCCAAAUUAAUGUUUUGGAUUAGAUGCUACCCUUCAACUUGCUAGUUUAAAACACACUAGUGAUUAUACCCGUGCGAUGCACGGGCGCUAAAUCAUUAUUUUCGUUGAAACAAAUGCGAUUAAUUUAAACCAACAAUAAUUCAUUAUUUUAUUACAA